GCGGGCACCCUAACAGAGCUUAACAACAACAGUUGUGCUGAAAUUGAACUUGUCAGUCUCAUCGAGGAGCAGAUUCCCCGUUACAAACUCCGCGCAGACACCAUCACUGAUUUCACCGGAUACGACAACGCCGAUUGGGUGAUCAACGCCCCAUUGCUCCCCCCAGACGAGCCCAUCGACCUCGCUCCUGAACUCAUUGAGGAAACGCUCAACUAUUUUAUUCUAUGUGCCGACCGGUUGACGCAGAUGACCCGGACGUAUGAUGAUACAGACGCGCUCACCCGGCUGCUCGAGGAGAAGGAAAGGGACCUCGAACUCGCCGCGCACAUCGGGAAAAGUCUCCUCGAAGAGAAGAGGGCGCUGCAGGAGAGGAUAGAGGCACUCGAACAAGAUUUUCAAGCAUCUCAGGAGACUGUCACCCAACUUCGACAUGAUCUUACCAAGAAGAACAGUUUGCUCUCCAUUUACAUGGAGGGCGAAGAAGAGGGUUUGCUCGGAGAAGAAGCUCCGGCCAGCUUGGAUCUUCUUCAUAAGAAGAUCAACGAGCUGGAAAAUGAAAACGAAAGGCUAAAAAUCGAGUCGCAAUCGUGGACCGAAGACUUGGCCGUAGAAGAAGAACGCGAAACGGAGCUCAUCAAUGAGUGUGUUCGAGAGCUCAACGAGAAGAAUAGAACAGCCGCAAAGCUCCAAGAGGAGUUGGCCAAAAAGACUGAGAGUCUUCUGAAGCACCAAGACGAGAUCACUCAGCUGCUGAGUCAACAAGUGGAUUUACAGAAGAAGCUGCGAGAGUAUUCGAUCGAGAAUGAAACGCUACGAGUCAACUUAGAUGUGAUGGGCGAGACGCAACAAGAGCUCACGAUCGAGAUCAGUGAAGCCAGGGACAAGUACAACACGUUGUUAUGUGCCUUCCAGGGUGCCUAUGGCGCUUAUACCAAAUACAUCAAUCCGGAUUCCUUGGCAGCUGAACUUUCCAUGUCGCUGAGGACCGAUAACUCUGAGGGAUACCACUCGGACGACAGAGCUCAAACCGCGUCAGCCUCGAAUCCGUCCCCUCGUCCGCCGUCUCGACGACCUCUCGGCUCUUCGGGGGCCAAUGGUCGGAGACCUGCGUCGGGCGAGUUUGACGGAACUUCGGAUGAGGGCGAAAGCUCAUUCCCUGAGAGUUACCACACCGACGAUGAUUCCCAGUAUUCGUCGUUGAGUAGCAUAGGUCUGAAUCCCGUUUGUGGCAAGCACCCUCUGGGACUGGAUCUGAACUCUCCAAUGAGAGGAACGAUGUCGCACUCGAGGAGUUUCUACGAACUGGACGAAGAUUCCACGUCCAGAUGCCGAACGCCAGACUCCAUCUUGAGUGGGUUCAACGGCUUCAGCAGCGGGUCUACCACUUCGAGUAUGCGUAGAUACCGAAUGCCAGAUAAACUCGACCUCAUCAAGCGCCUCGAAGGCUCCAGGACGCUCCACAGAUGGAGACGGCUGGCAACUCCGACUCCUCUAGGUCUGAUAGGACUCGCAGAGGAGACUGAAGGCAUCAAGACCCGGGCGGUGCCCAAAUCUCUACCGAGUCUUCCGAAGGAUAAUUCGCCUAAACCACCGUCCUCGCUGGACAUAACAUCUUUCCUUGAAGAGAUCGACAGAGCUGAAGAAUCGCCUCAAAAUUUCCCGGGCAAGAGUUUCGUUGAUAGCUCGUGCAUUUACACUUAUUCGAACUCAAACGUCUUGCACCCAGACUCGACGCAUACAACUCCGAGUCUGGGCUUGACGAAAAUGGCGAUCAGCGCCGGUAGGAAUCGAUCACCCGUGCAAACGACUCCUAGUGUGAUAAAUCGAUCGAGUUUACUCGCCACAACAACGUGCAGCGUGAACAGAGGACUCGCUCGAAUCCUAAACGAGCGAGGAAUACAUGCGAUGCUGCCUUCGGUUCUUCGUGAGAGAAGCGAAGAUGACGAGGAAAAAACCGCAACGUCCACUCCUGCCCCUUCUCCUGAUCAAACUCCUCCGGGAACUCCUCCCGAAGAAGACGUCCCUGACAACGACGAACUCGACGCGCUGAUGCCUAACCUCGUUCGUGAGAACCGGGCCAAAGGCGUCGUGCUGAGGGCGUACCGCGUCGACGGAAAGUCUUCGCCGUUGGAGUCGGCUGCCGUUCGUAGAGAAUCGCUCAGGAGAAGCAAGCGAGGGAGUCAGGAACUCGACGCGCAAGGACUGGUAUCGAAACUGUCUCGCUUAGUGCAAUGGCCCUUCCAGGGUUUCGUCUCCGACGGAAACGGAAACAGCGACCGCACAACUGAUUCCGGCGUGAGGCUGACGACGACAGUAACCACAACUUCCACAUUGACUGGUGAGCAACACCAUCACUUCGGUCAUUCCGAUCGUCGACAGCAGUUCUAUGUCAGGUACUAUGACAAGCACGCGUGUCACAAAUUCGUGUUUGUCGUCGCCGUCGUUACCGUCGGUAACCGCGAUCUGCUCGACGACUCCGAUCGGCUCCGCGGCUGGUCAGCCCACCACGUGGUCACCGUUACCAAUGCCUGGUUUCGGGACCGGCAACGCUCCUACGUUAACGCCGGCGAUGCGAAUGCCCCUUGCUCGAACUCCGAACCCUCUACUGCAGAUAAACGCAGGAAGACGACGCCCGAUAGGCACCGUAAGCUCGAUGCGUAA